AUGAACAUUCGUAUCCUCCCUUUAACAUCUCAAUUCGUUCCCAACAUGGCCACCAUUGCCCCGGAGAUCGCUGGUGCAAUGGAUAAAUCCAUCAGCGAUGCCAAAACCUUGCUGAGAGAGGUCGACUUAGACAUAUUCCAUCAUCCGGAACUCAACUAUCAAGAGUUUCACGCGCACGAUGCUCUCGUCGAAGUACUCAAGAAGCUUGGUUUCAAAGUCACCCCUCACGCAUACGGAAUUCCUACAUCUCUGGAGGCAGACUACGGAGAAGGCGGCCGUCUCGUCGUCUUCAACGCCGAGUACGACGCGCUCCCUGAAAUCGGCCACGCCUGCGGCCACAACCUCAUCGCCACCGCAUCCCUAGCUGGCUUCAUCGCCACAGUUGCCGCCCUGAAGGCGUCCGGCAAGCCUGGACGCGUUAGACUUCUAGGCACUCCGGCCGAAGAAGGUGGUUGCGGCAAGGGCAUGCUCGUAGGCAAAGGAGCAUACGACGGCGUCGCAGCCUGCGUGAUGGCUCACCCGGCCCCAAUGUUCACCUACGGUAACGAAGGGCGACACGGUGACGUAUUUGUCAAUCAUGUCUCUGCCACCGCCUUCAGAAUCAAGUUCAAGGGCAAGGCUGCGCACGCCGCCGCCUCGCCUUGGGAGGGCGUGAAUGCUCUCGAUGCUGCUGUCCUCGGCUACAACGGCGUCAGCAUGAUGAGGCAGCAGAUGACGAAAGAUUCCACCGUCCAUGGCAUUUUCACUGACGCCGGCGUCAAGAGCAACAUCAUUCCCGACUUUGCUGCCGUUGACUAUACCGUGCGCGCGCCAACCAUUGAGAAGACCAAGGAGCUGCGAGACCGCGUCAUUGCGAAUUACCGCGCUGGCGCCAUCGCCACGGGCUGCGAGAUGAAGGUCGAGUACGAUGUCUUUUACGCGCCCUUGCGCCCGAACAAGCAGCUUUCUCUGGUGUUUGCGGACGCUGCGGCAGACUUGGGCAUUCCCAUGUGGUGCGACGUCGACACCAAGGAGGUCAUCUCUGGGGCUACCGACCAAGGGAACGUUGGCUGUGUUGUGCCUGUCAUCCAUCCUAUCUACGGGAUUGAGGCCAAGGAAGGGCAGAGUAACCACACUGCCGGCUUCACGGAAGCUGCCGGAGCCGAAUCGGCACACGAGCGAAGUCUUCUUAUUGCCAAGGCUCUGGCGAGGUCCGCAUGGGCUGUCUUGACCGACGAUGAGGUGGCAUCCAAAGUUCAGCGUGAGUUCGAAGAAACUGUAUCGGAGAGGAGGUUGAAGAUUUCUCUUGAGGAGGAGAUGUCUCUUAUCACGAAAGACUCCUCUCAGAUGAGCACACCUGUUAAGAAACUUUGCUCUUGUGGCAACGGAGUUUGA